UUCCUCCUCGGGCUCGGGACUACCAAGAUGGGCAAGUGCCGCGGUCUGCGUACUGCCAGGAAGCUGCGGAAUCACCGCCGAGAGCAGAAAUGGCACGACAAGCAGUACAAGAAGGCCCACCUGGGCACAGCCCUGAAGGCCAACCCGUUCGGAGGGGCCUCCCACGCCAAAGGAAUCGUCCUGGAGAAAGUGGGUGUUGAGGCCAAGCAGCCGAACUCUGCCAUCAGGAAGUGUGUCCGAGUCCAGCUGAUCAAGAACGGGAAGAAGAUCACCGCCUUCGUGCCCAACGACGGCUGCUUGAACUUCAUUGAGGAAAACGAUGAGGUCCUGGUGGCAGGAUUUGGGCGCAAAGGUCAUGCCGUUGGUGACAUCCCAGGCGUGCGCUUCAAAGUUGUCAAAGUGGCCAACGUGUCUCUUCUGGCCCUGUACAAAGGCAAGAAGGAGAGGCCCAGAUCAUAACCUGUGCGCACAUGGAAACCAAUAAAACAUAAAAAGGAAUUGAACUCA